GCGCAAUGCGGCUGGCCACUGACGUGAGCGCAGACAUCAUAUCCUCUCUUGUCACAGACGCCGGCCGGCCCUUCACCGAUGCCGUCGCUGCAAGCUCGAUUUUGACACAGAGAUGGCGCUUGAGGACCAUUUGCUGCUGCCCCGAGACCAGAUGUGCGACGUGAAGACGGAUCUGGCCUCCGACCCCGAGGAUGGAAUAACUGAGGAGUCAGGACGAAUCCUUGCCAAAGACAAUAUAAACGGCGAGGUAUGGACUUGGGGCGGCAUUUGGCACCUGAUAUUCCCCGAAGACAUCGAGAUCCCCGACCCAGCCUUCCAACCCGUCGUCGAGCUCGCCGAGGUCGAACAAGCCUUUGACGACUGUCAAACGGCCCUGAAGGCCAGCUUGCGAGAGAAGCUCGGGCUGCUUCUCCCCGGAGUGCUCGACAACGACUACCUUAACUUCCUCGCUGGGCAACUUGACCUUGUCUUCGAAACACACCGAGUCGAUAUCAUGAAGCAAGCACAGAGCCGUUGCUGCUCCAGACAAAGCGCAGAUCUCGCGCACCAAGACGAGGAACCGAGUUCGCCAAAACGACCGAACCGGAAAUCGAGACGGAGCACUCUGCGUCAGUCCAUCAACCGCAUCGCCGCCCCAGACGUGCCACACCCCGCUGCGACGUCCAGGCACGCCCGCACCAGAAGCAAACACAAAAGCUACCCAUCUGGCGAGAAGCCCAUCCCGAUCCGCCACACCACGCCUCCCGCGUCUGCUCACAUCCCUCCCACGGCCCCCGACGACAGCCACCACCAUCCCGUCCCCAACGCCAACCCUUCGCCAGCCCCGUUCUACGCAACCGAGCAGAGCACCACGCACCCUACCCACCACAACCACCACCACCGGCAGCAGCACGACCCACAGAUUCACGACACCCACCAUCCCCACCAACACGCCUCCGAAGCCCCUACCGCCCGCGACCCGCGCGACUCGGGAAUCGGCAUGCCCUGCGAGACGUGCGCCCUCGACGGUCCGUGCCAGUGCGACGCCGCCACCAAGCAGCCCCCCGCGGAGCUGGAGCCACGCGACAAGCACCAGGCAGACAAGAAGCAACGCCCGGGCGGGGGGCCAACGUACUGCGCGGUGCCGGGGCCGAGGCCGGGGCUACGGCCGGAAAUUUCAGGGGAGCAGGCGCUUGGGCGCGUGCCUUCACCUGCGUCUGUGCCUGUGCCUAUGUCUGCGCCUCCUCGCCCGCCGAGACUGAGUAUCAGGACAGUGGGGGACUUGGAUGCGCGCUGGGUCGGUCUGGGUGUCGGCUGGGGCGGUCCGGAGGUAAGUGGGAUGGCGGAGGAGGAAAGGGCCGGCCUGGCGGGCGGGGGCCGGUUCUCGCCCGAGUCGUUUAAGCAGCGGGUUUUGAGGCAGCAGUUGGGUGGUGGUGUUUAGGGCUGGGAAGGGGUAUGGUGGGUUGGGGGCGAGCAUUUGCUUGGUUGUUGGUUUGUUGUGUUUCCAAGGUUUGCAUUUGCAUGGCUGGUCUCUCUUCUUGAAGCGAUGGGUGGUGUUUGGGCUGGAGAUAGGUUGGCUAUGGCAUUUAGUGGUGGGCAUUAGAACAUCGCACUGGACGGGGACAUGGGGCGACUAAUAUCGUAAUUCUUCCCACUUUCCACGCAGCAGCUUUAAGUCCCAGGCGACCUGGCGGUUCGCUAGCUUCUGCGACGAUGCUCUCUUGCUUAAAGACUCGGUUGCGA